UCGACCUACGUUCUUUGCAAGGAACAAGCUUCUUUACGCUUUUUAUCAGUAAAACACUUGAUGCGAUACUUAUACAUUAUAUGGUCCAAGUCACUAUAUUGAUUAUUUACGAAAGUUACUUGCUACAAUAAAUUAGGGCGUCCUGAUGAUGGAGUUUUGUUGGAAGUUCUAUGAGAAUAUAAAAGAAGUCAAGGUUUUAUUCGGCUUGGUGCUGUCUCUUUUGGUGCUAAAUGGAGUUGAACCUAAUUAUUACCAGGUUUUGAAUUUAAAAGAUGGACAAACACUGUAUUUAGGAAAUAAUAACUGUCCAAACAUUUGGAAAGUUGAAAGUGAGCACAACUCCAUUAUUAAAGUAACGUGUUAUAUUGAUCUAAAUGGUAACUAUACUAAAAAUAUAUUUCUUUUCGAUAAUGAAAAUUCACUUUAUAUCGAAUGUGAUCAGAAUAUAAUUGCCUUCGAAAGAUUGAAUUCAGAUAUUACUAUGACAUUUCCCUCGCUAUUUAAAUGUGAAAUUAAAACUGAUACCUGUCAGUGUUGUAAGAAAAAAGUGACUAGAAUAGUAGGCGGUAAGGAAACCAAAGUAAAUGAAUUUCCUUACAUGGCUGGGCUUGUGAGUAUGGAUGAGAUAGAGGAUGAGAUAUUAUGCGGUGCUACUAUAAUAUCUAAGCAAUAUGUAAUAACAGCAGCUCAUUGCGUGUACGAAAAAAAUAUUACUAAGACUGCCGUAGUUGUUGGCGAACAUAAUGUAAAAACAGGUAAGGAGACCAACGCAACCAAGAUAUAUUGGCUAUACGAAUGUACAAUUCAUCCUGAAUACAAUGUCAAGGAAGAUGAUAAUGAUAUAGCUGUUUGUAAGACUGUUAAAAGCAUCGAAUAUAACGCUGCGGUUGGUCCGGUCUGCUUACCAUUUCAACAUAAAUACGACUCGUUCAUUGAUGCUACCGUCACUGCGUUGGGCUGGGGUUUACUGGAAUAUGCCGGUAAGAAAUCCACUGCGCUCCAAAAAGUAAAUUUACAGGUAGUGUCACCUGACAAACGCUCAAAUAGAAACGACAUAAUGUAUACUUAUACUUCGGGAAAGGAUACGUGUCAGUUUGAUAGUGGCGGACCUCUUUUAUGGAAUGAUCCUAACACAGGUUGUAUUAUAUUGGUUGGUACUAUAUCUGCUGGUACCGGCUGUGCUUCAAACGAACCUUCUAUAAACAUGCGUGUAGGUGCUUUUAUGGACUGGAUAGUAUAUGUAACUCCAGGCGCACAAUAUUGCACAGUUGAAUGAGCCUUGCAUGGUUAAAAAGAAGAACUGUUUUGGGAGAUUAUGGACCUGUGCU